GUUUAAAAUGGAUUAUUUUAAAUAAGAACAAAAAAUCAGAAAACUUUGCCUCUGAAUUGUCAAGUCUUGUGGCUAAUUCAAGUCUUCCGUUCACCAUGCCUACUUUCAAACUGCGGGAUGUGGAAAUUGAAUUUCCCUUCAAGCCGUAUUUAGUACAAAUUAAAUAUAUGGAAAGUGUGAUUAAGUCAUUACAAACCGGGAAGAAUGCGUUACUGGAAUCACCAACAGGGACAGGAAAAACUUUGUGCCUCUUGUGCGCAACUAUGGCAUGGCGAAGAUUAGAAAUCAAAAAGCGAACUGUGGAAAAGUCUUUGAUUCCUGAUGGUAAAGAGCCUGAUUACCCCUUAGGAUGGGGCUCUAGCGAUGCAGUUCCCGAGGAAGAGCCCGAACAAAGCAUCCCAACGGCCCCAAAAAUUAUAUAUGCUUCCAGAACCCAUUCACAAUUAGCUCAAGUCGUCAAAGAACUGAAACGAACUGCGUAUGCCAAGGAUGCUAAAAUCAGUAUUUUAGGUUCCCGGGAGCAAAUGUGUAUUCACCCAGAAGUGUCAAAGCAAACCAACAAUACUGCAAUGAUACAUUCGUGUCGUAAUAAAGUUAAUAAACAUCUCUGUCAUUUCUACAACAAUGUUGAAAAUGUGAGAAAAGCAGGAUCAUUCACAAAUGAAGUUUUGGAUAUUGAAGAACUGGUUGCGUUGGGGAAGAAGAGGAGUGCCUGCCCUUAUUAUGCAGCAAGAGAGCAAUCAAAAGAGGCAGACUGUGGCAUCAUUUUCACGCCAUAUAAUUAUUUAUUGGAUCGGAAAGCACGUCGUUCUCAUAAUCUUGAAGUAUCUGGCAAUGUGAUUAUAUUUGACGAAGCUCAUAAUCUGGAGAAGAUGUGCGAAGAAUCGGCUUCAUUUGAUUUAACAUCAAUGGAUAUUGCAAAAUGUAUUCAAGAAACUGGAGAACUAUUAAAAGCUGCAGUAAAUCUUUCUGAGACUGGGACUGUACCUGAUGGUUAUGAGGCUGGAGAGUCAUCAGCACUUGGUGAAUUCAAUCUUCAGGAAUUAGCAACGUUAAAAGCAUUAUUCGUCCAUCUUGAAUCACAUCUUCAAGCCAUACCACUUUCUGGUGUAGAAAAGAGUUUGACAAAAAAGGGAAGAUACAUGUUUGAGUUUUUGGCCGCUCUGAGUGUGAACUUUACAACACAUGAGACAAUCAUUGAUCUUGUCGACAAGGUGGUGACUUAUCUUUCCACCCUGAGUAACUCAUUUCAAACUAGAGGAACAGCUUUACAAAAGUUCUCUGAGAUCCUGAAAAUCAUAUUCAGUGCAGCGGGAGGACAAAAUCCUACCCUACCAUCCACUCUUUUAAACUCCAAUGUAGCAACCGAAAUGAUGAUGAGUGAAUUAUCAAAAUUUUAUCGCGUACAUAUUCGAGAAGACGAAGUAAAAUCUAAAAACUCUUGGGGAGGGAAACAAACUUUUCAAACUACGACUACAGAAUCUACAGGUACACAAAGAACGCUGAGUUAUUGGUGCUUCAGCCCGGGAUACGCAAUGAGAGAUUUACUAGCUUGCGGAGUAAAAAAUUUAAUUUUGACAAGCGGAACUUUAUCGCCGAUUGAAUCCUUCACUUGCGAACUUCAAGUCGAUUUCCCCAUCACGUUACAAAACACUCACGUCAUUGAUAAUCAUCAAGUUUUCGUUGCUUCCUUAACGAAAGGACUCACAGGAAGACGUUUAGAAUCAACGUACAAAACUAGAGGAGAUUACAGACUGGCACAAGAUAUUGGAAAUAUUCUUAUUAGAAUGUCUAGAAUAUGUCCUGGUGGAUUGCUAGUGUUUUUCCCAUCUUACUUGGCCAUGGAAAUUUACACCAAGACAUGGAGGGAGUUAGCUCCUGAUAUUAUGAGGCAGAUCGACUUGAUUAAACCUUGCACAAUUGAGACGAGAAAUAAAAAUGGUUUGAAAGAAGCCAUGGAAAAAUAUUACUCGGAUGUUGCCAAACCUGAGGGUGGGACAUUCUUUGCCAUAUGUCGUGGAAAAGUCUCAGAAGGUUUGGAUUUCUCUAAUGAAAAUGGAAGAGCCGUUGUCAUCAUUGGUCUACCUUAUCCACCAUCAAAGGAUCCAAAAGUUCGUCUAAAAAUGGAAUUUCUUGAAGACUUGCGAAUAGGAGGAGCAAAUAAAGUUAUUAGCGGUCAGGAAUGGUACAGAUUACAAGCAUUGCGUGCUGUUAAUCAGGCUAUCGGACGUGUUAUCAGGCACAGAUAUGAUUACGGUGCAAUAUUAUUGAUGGAUUAUAGAUAUACGAAGAAAGACAAUCAUUCCGAACUUCCCAAAUGGAUUCAGCCCAGGGUUAACCAAUUUGAUGAUGCAGAAAAGGCUUUGAGAAGGGUGAAAUCAUUUUUCUGCUCAAUCCUAGAAAAAGAAAAGAUACGUCUCAAACAGCUUUCAGGCGAUAAAAAUCAUGAUAAAGAAAAUACAGAAUGUGGGGAAGGAACAAGUGGUGUUACUGAGGCUAAAAAAGAAACUAUAUUUUUUGGUGGGCAACAGAAAAAAACAGACAACAUUAGCCAAUAUUUCGCAAAAUCGAAUGAUAAAAUUUCUAAAACCAAAAACAAGACUUUUUUAUCAAUACCGAAGUCAAAUGAUUUGUCGAAUCAUAUUCCAUCGUCGGUCAUAGCAGAUUCCUGUUCUUUACCUCAAACUACUCCUAAUGGCUCUUGCACAGGUUGUCCGACAAGUUCAAAGAGAAGAAGAGUAUCUGAAGACGAUGAUACAGCCGGCCUCGUUCCUAUUAAAAAUUUUAAGAAAAAAACAAAAGGCCCCAUGCUUCUAGAUGCCUUGGAUAAAGAUGUGGUGCAACGGCCACAAGAAGAACCAAUCAUUGUUGAGGAAGAAGCGACCAAUCGUGUCGCAAGAACUUUGCUCGUUAUGGAUAAAAUAUUAGAUGAUCAAAGACGAGGAUUACCAAAAAAGAAAAUUAAAAUUGUGGAGAAAAAGAAAAUAUCUGAACCACCAAAUUUGACUGUACAAAAGCAAAGGCUUGGUAAUCCACAGGAAGGAGUUGGAGAAAGAACGCAAAACUCAGGCAAUCAUAAGGAAGUUGAGAAAUGUAUUUCUAAUGACAAUACUAGCGAAUCUUCCACUUCAGUUCGAAACAAACAGCCUUCUGCUGAAGAUUGUGAUAUCGACUUGAAUGAUUUUUCUAAUUGGGAUGAAAAACGAUUUAUACAAGGAAGUAAUAUGCUUUACCUAAAAGCAACUCGCUUCCUGUUGAAAGGCGAAUCAUAUGCUUUGUUUAAAAGUGCGUUAAUUAAUUUCAAAAAGGAUUCUAGUACUCUUGUUCCUACUUUGAGUAAAAUAUUUUUAGAUGAUGAAAGAGGUAAAAUUCUGUUUCGGGCUUUUGUUAAAUUCUUACCGAAGAAAAAUACAGAAGUCGUCAACUCUUUCGUGAAAAGUUGUCAAGAAAUAACUGGUAGACGUCCUGAGGGUUUUUGAAUGAAGAUCUGAAUUUCUAAUACCCAAUUACCUGUAAUUUUACAACGGGAUGCCAUAAAAAUUCUUAAGUUCAAACUUUAACUAUCAGGGCGGUUCAAUUGUUUUUUGUGAAUCUUACAUUUUCAAAAAUUUCAACUUUAGGCAGAGGUGGGAAAUCUGAAAUCAUUUAAUUGCAAGUGGUUUAAAAUUCUAACUCUGGAAAGUUUUGAAAAUAAGAUAUUUAAAUCUACUCUGAUUUCAGCAAAAAUCAGGGUUUCCUAGUUCACAUCCAAACAGUUAUUAUGUUAUACAGUAUUUGUGGUCGAGAAAUUUCAAUAAUCAUUUUAUUGCACCCUGAGUUGGAAGAUAGCCGUAAAUUAAUUGAUAACCACCGUAAAAAUCGAGAUUCAAUCAAAACUAUAAACGUUGGUUGCAUCGUUUUUUUGAAUCUUUACCAAAAUGCAGCAAAUCUGUAAACUUUAGUUUAGUUUCUUUGGAUUCAUUUUUUUGUAACUUUUUCCAGCUGCCAAUCAGGAAAUUUUUCCUUAUAAAAAUCAUGUGCAUAUCUUACCAAAUAAUGUUAUACUGUAUUUAUUCUGUUAUUGACUUACCGUAAUCCAUCCAUAUUAAUUUCUUUAGACUUAAUAAAUUUUGAUUAUGUACUGGUUUUAAGAUAUAAGAGUUAUGUACAAAUUGCCUGACACCAUGAUUCUGCUAUUCAUAUAUUGAGCUAUUUUAUAACUGUCCAAUUUCAUUCUUGUAAAUUGCAAUUUCUUGAAAAAAAUAAGGCAUACGAAUUCAAUAUACCAAAUCAGAAACAUAUUUUUUUUCAUUUUUCAUUCCACAUACUUUCUUCCUUUUGUUUCCAACACACUAAUAUUUUUUUGAUAUUUGAUUCCAACGAAUUAAAUCAAUUUCUUUGUUCCUGUUGAAGCAAAUACAAAUUACGUAUAAAUUG